AUGUUCGGCGCAGUGGUUGGCUCGACCGGAUGGAUGGAAGGUGGCAUAAAGGAUAUAUGGGAUGGAACACCACCACCAGGAGAAGCACACGCGAGCUUCGCCGUGGCGGACGGGGAGGCGCUGGAUGAAGAAUCCCAUGGCGUCUCGAUUGCGCAGUGCGGCUUGGUUCCACGCUUCCCUCUCUUGGCCAAUCCCGGUCAAGGUCCAACGGCAAGCCUGGAAAACGCAACAACGUCCCGUGGUCUCUGUGUCACUGCGCUCGAUGCAGGUCACGGGUCAUCGGACAAGACAGAUUUGACAGCUCGAGGGCGUCGAGGUCAUGGCGUGGAAUGGAAGGGAAUGCAAGCAGACAAUCUCGGUGGGAAAGUGCAUCCAUCGUAG